GACACUUUAAGCCGCCGGACUCGGAAGUGUGUGUGCGACAUUGAGAGUAGUGAGGAUGUACAGACGCGCGUGCUUCUCUCUGUCUCGGGGCAGAAACGCGUUAAUUCACGCGCGUGACCUAAAACUGAAUCUCCAGAAAUGUACGGACAGAGUUUCCGCUUCCGGUUUCAGGGUUUUAGUGAACCACAGGGUGUUUGGGACGAGUGCAGCGAGACGGUCUGAGCAGAAGAAAGAUGGAGAGAGAACGGAGGAGUCCACGAUGAAGCACGAUGAUGAGGAACACAAGUGUGAAGUGAAAGUCCGAGAGUCGGAGAAGAUUUUGUUGAAGGCGACGUAUGAAGAAGCAGCAGCGAGGAAUGAGAGCAGACCUGAGAACACCGCUGAAAUAACAGUGUCUGACCCGAGAUCAGCGACGGAGGAGAAGAAGGAGGAGAAGAAGGGAAAACAGGGUCUGCUGGAGCUGCUGGGGGCCAUGAAGGUGGACACAACCACCAAAACCAAGCUGAAGUCUCUGAGGAAGGGUCUGAGUGGACAGGAGAACGCUGUGAAGCAGAAGCGAGUGGUGAUGGAGAGCACGAGCAGCAUGUUUCAGCAGGCUACAGCGCCACCCAGCGAGUCUCUGAGUCCUGAGAUGGUUGCUGCAGUCUCGGCCGCCGCCUCCACACUUCCUGAUCGCUCGCGAGUCGAGUCGGAGCUCCUGAAGCAGCUGCGGAAACACGAGGCCGUGUCUGAGGAGGAGAGACGAGCCGAGACGCAGAACAUCGGGAACGUCAUCGCUGAUAUGAAAGUGGGGAAGAAGCCUGGAGUGAGACUGAACAGCUGGCCGGCCAAUCAGAUUCGGUUUGAUGAUGAUGGGCGGGGCUACACACAUGACCGUGGCAUCAUGGGGGAGCUCGGGGAAAUCCGGCGCAGGAAUUCUGCAUUUACUGCAAAGAAGCUGAACAUCUUCAGUGCUGUGGAUCAGGACACACAGACGGAUGCUGGCCCCUCCCUCUGGGAUGCUGAAUUGGCCAAUCAGCUCGCGCGAGCGGUUAAUCAGAGACCUCGUAACGGCUUCGAGGAGAUGAUUGUGUGGACGCGGGAGGGGAAGCUGUGGCAGUACCCCGUCAACAACCAGGCGGGGAUGGAGGAGGAAGCAAAGGUCCCGUUUCAUGAGCACGUGUUCCUGGAGCGCCACCUGGCGGACGGUUUUCCUCGGCACGGCCCCAUCAGACACUUCAUGGAGCUGGUGGUCACUGGACUCUCCAAGAACCACCAGCUGACAGUUGCUCAGAAGCUGGAGCACAUCACCUGGUUCCAAAACUACUUCCAGGAGAAACAAGAGAUCCUGGGUGAGGCUGAAGCGUGACCCAUCCAUGCUCCUGGAGAAACACCAUCUUCCAGUGUCCUGAUUACCUCCACAAUGUGCUACACAGGAGCAUGUGCACACCCAUUUCCUGUUAGCUACGUUAGCAUAGCAGCUUCAGGGUUACAUCAAAGGAGAACUUUAUCUGAGCUGAUGGACACGUGGAGGAGAGCAGGAACAGCGGACCGGCUGUAGUGCUGUACACUCUGUGUGUGUGUGUGUGUGUGUGUGUGUGUGUGUGUACACACACUGGUUGAUGAUCAACUGUACAGAUUAUCAGUAAUAAUAAAUAAUCAUGUGAUGAAGUUCCAGUUUUAUUGAAAUCUCUAUAAACAAUGUAGAGGAAUAAAGAGCUGUACAAAGAGCUUCAAAAAAACAAAAAGACAUGAUCAACAUGGGGCACCUUCAUCCUCACCAUCAUCAUCAGGUCAGCUUUUAACACACACACAGGACUAAAACAUCUGUACAAAAACACCACCGUGUGUGUGUGAGAAAUCCACAAGAUUCUUGGAUCUGUGUAUAAGAACUGAACAGAGGAAUUAUGGGUUUCAGUUGUAUCCACAGAGAUCCACUCCAACAUCUGGGGGAGAAAAAUCAAAGGGUUAGAACAUUACCAUGGUGUGUGUGUGUGUGUGCGGAAUGGGAUUAAAGCAGCAGUGUGUAAUUGA